AUGUAUGUACAUCUAUCUAUCUAUCUAUCUAUCUAUCUAUCUAUCUAUCUAUGUGUAUGUCUAUCUGUAAGCCUGUUUAUCUAUCUAUCUAUCUAUCUAUCUAUCUAUCUAUCUAUCUAUCUAUCUAUCUGUAUGCCUAUCUGUAAGCCUAUCUAUCUAUCUAUCUAUCUAUCUAUCUCACUGACUAGCUGUAGGCCUGCCUGUUUGUCUGUAAGCCCAUCUAUCGAUCUCAUCUAUCUAUCUAUCUAUCUAUCUAUCUAUCUAUCGAUCUCACUGACUGCCUGUAGGCCUGUUUGUAUAUCUAUCUAUCUAUCUAUCUAUCUAUAUAUAUAUAUAUAUAUAUAUAUAUACAAAUGUAUGUCUGGCUCACUAGAUCUAUCUAUCUAUCUAUCUAUCUAUCUAUGUAUGUAUGUAUGUAUGUAUGUAUGUAUCUAUCUAUGUAUGUAUGUAUGUAUCUAUCUAUGUAUGUAUGUAUGUAUGUAUGUAUGUAUCUAUCUAUCUAUCUAUGUAUCUAUGUAUGUAUGUAUGUAUGUAUGUAUGUAUGUAUCUAUCUAUCUAUCUAUGUAUGUAUCUAUGUAUGUAUGUAUGUAUGUAUGUAUGUAUGUAUGUAUGUAUGUAUCUAUCUAUCUAUCUAUCUAUGUAUCCAUGUAUGUAUCUAUGUAUCUAUCUAUCUAUCUAUCUAUCUAUCUAUCUAUCUAUCUAUCUAUCAUUUUCAAGCUUAUCUUAACCAUGUAG